AUGCCAGGAACGUUCAAGAGGCCGAAGCGAAUACUGGUGGACAAUGGAAGCUCCAGCAACAUCAUCUUCCAUUCGGUCUAUGCUGAUCUAGGGCAGGAACCUAAGGCGCUAACGAGAAAGGGGACCUCUCUCGUAGGCUUUAGCGGAGAGGUGAAGCAGACCCUUGGGGAAGUUCUCCUCCCGGUAUACGCCGAAGGGAUAAACCAGGCUACGAAGUUCCUAGUCGUCGACUGCCCUUCCUCCUACAACGUAAUGUUAGGAAGACUUUGGAUCCACGAUAUGGGAGCCGUACCUUCGACUCUCCAUCAAUUAAUCAAGUUUCCGACCCCCGGGGUAUUAAAGCUAUCAAAGGAGAUCAAGAAAAUUCUAGGUCCUGCUAUUAAGUUACCUAAAGGGAAGACCCAGAUCUUAUAG